GAUAUCAAAUGCUCAUUUUGCUUGUCAUAUUUAGCUCAAAAAGAUGCUGAAACGGGAAUCCAUAGAUUUGUUAUAAAUUACAUGAUAUAACUUUGAAUAUAAUUGCUGAAAACCAAAGACGGGCAACUAUUAAGUACUCAGAUGUGGAGAAUGAGCCUUAAUAUACCCCAAACCCCUUUUUAAUUUGGAUUUUUUGUGGCCAGUGAUUCACUUCAGUCUGGCAUUCGUCGCCCCAGGCCUCAUGUCAGAACAGACAUAAGAGAUGUGGUGCUUGACAGCAGAGCGUUGAUCGCAGGGUAGCUUCAGCACAGUCUCAGUUACGUAAAACAGAUUCAAAUCCAAGCUUUGGUGUGAGCAUGCGAUAGAUAAAACAGAAAAAAAAAACCAUAAAAUCGACAGACAGACAGAUCAUUUCAUGUUAAAUAGUUAGGGCGCCCCCUGUCCGUCGGGGUUGGCUCACACAUCCAAAGGUGAGGAAUCCUCAUCAUUCAGCCGUUGUCGUCAUCGUCAUUGUAGCAUCGUGUGCGUGCUCGUGUGUGUCUGUGUUUUCAAAGACACUCCGUAUUUCGGAGAGCACACAGUCUUGAUUUCGUGGACAGCAAAUCUGCAGCCCUGUAUACUAAGCCAGAGAACGAUCUCUUCAUCAUGAACUGCGACAUAGAUGGGGACAUGGAGAACCAGGUGGAGAUGGAGGAGAAGACGAGGCUCAUAAAUCAGGUGUUGGAACUUCAGCAUACUCUGGAAGACCUGUCUGCACGGGUGGACGCAGUCAAAGAGGAAAACUUGAAGUUAAAGUCGGAGAACCAGGUCCUGGGUCAGUACAUCGAGAACCUCAUGUCUGCGUCCAGCGUCUUUCAGACCACGGACACCAAGAGCAAACGCAAGUGAGUGUGUGCUGAGACCAUAGACGUGUCGGAGGCGGGUAACGUCCUCUCCCAGACUUCCCUGGUCCAAAAAUUGAAAAUGCUUUUGUCACCUGUUCUGCUUUGCUCUGGCAGCACUGAUUCACUUUUGAUUUGUUACAUGGCACUUGUUUUGGGUUAUUAUCGCAGCUCAAUUAUUGACGAGACGUGUGGGUCCCCAAUUGCGUGUGCAAGGCAUACAUGUAAAAAAAAAAAUAUUGCAGAUCAUUGUUGGGCUGAAUUCGACUUGAAUUAACAUUCACAACAUGCAACUCGCCACACACGGGCAAUUAUCGAUCGACGCAAAUAGACAGUUGCCAGGUGUUCAAAGUUUUUGCGCUCCCUAUUACAGAUGAGAGACGUGCGCCUAAAUUAAUCCACGGAAGGGUCGUGGGGUCACUUCUUACUUUUCUGUAUGUCUGAGGUCAUAGCUUCGCACCGUUGUCACCAACCCGGUUUUCUGUCGAAUGCGAUCCCCCCCGCUUGUCUCAGCCUUCAUCGUGUAAGUGGGGGUGAAGCAAACCAGGCCAUAAUCCAUAAUGUUCUUUUAUUUCUAAUGUAUUUGUGGUUUUUUGUCAUGAAGUCAUCAUGACCACACGUUGCAUGACUGUUUUUGUCUCCACUGCCAAGCAGAACAGUGUUCCCGUAAAGUGUAUUAGAAUGACAUGUAGCGACCUUUAGUUAAAACAUAUGUAUAAUGAAUCCUAACUUGUUAUGUCAGUCAUGAUCCAAAACAGAAAUAUCUUUUUGUUGUUGUUGUUGUUUUGCUGCUGCAUCUGUAUGAGUUGAGACGGGAAGCGCUAGAUGCAAACAGAGAUCAGAAUGCUUUCUACGCCAAAGCAGUUAAGUGCAUUUGAGUGCUAUUGGUCAGGACAGGAAAUGGAUGCUGGUCUCCACCUUGAACUGCAAAAUAAAGGGCAUGUCCCUUUUGAAGAAUGGAAUUUGCAUCAAAAAUAAAACGCUCGUCGAAUGUUGGCUUGAUUGAAAAAGUAGUAAUUCAGUUGGUGGAACCUAACUACUCAUUCAAGGGAAAAGUUGUAAUUUAUUGAAAUGAUUUUGAUCUAUUUAGGUUGUAUGAAAAGUAUUUUAGAGAAUCGUGUACACUCCAGGAGCCAUCUUGUGUGAAGAUACCAUGCACUGUUACUUUGAAACAUUUGUUUAUAAUAAAAGCUUUCGUUCUAUGCUCA